AUGACUGCCGACGAAGAGGAACGUAGAACUCCCGCGUCGCCACGCGCUGAGCCAGAACGCCCUCAGCCAGAACGCCAUGAAUCGGAACGCCCUGAGCCAGAACAUCCUCAGCCAGAACUCCAUCAACAGGAGGAACACGAUCCGGCAUUUAUCGAACCCGAAGACUUUGACGAUGGCGAUUCCGUCUAUGCCGGCUCACUGGGCGAUGCCAGUUACACUACCAGCAUCACGUCGAGCGCUAUGAACUACCAAUAUGAGAACGGUCGCAGAUAUCAUUCGUACCAUGAAGGCACAUACCUCUUGCCGAAUGACGAGCAAGAACAAGAUCGUCUCGAUCUGAGCCAUCACAUCUACCGCAUGUUACUGAAAGGUGAACUGUGUCGCGCGCCGGUCAACAAUCCAGCACGUGUGUUGGAUAUCGGUACGGGCACGGGCAUCUGGGCUAUUGAUUUCGCAGAUGCACACCCCGAGUCGCUAGUGAUCGGAAAUGAUCUCAGCCCAAUUCAACCGUCUUGGAUCCCUCCUAACUGCCGCUUCGAGAUCGACGACUUCGAGCAGAACUGGUCCUAUAGUCAACCCUUUGACUAUAUCCACGGCCGCGAGCUGGAGGGCUGUAUCGGCGAUCACGACCGGCUGUUCAGACAGGCGUACGAAAAUCUAAACCCGAACGGUUACUUCGAGAUCGCCUCGUUAGAAGUCAACACCUACUCGGACGACGAAACACAUUUGCGGGCUCCUUGUCUCCUCGAGGGAGUCAAGAACAUGCAUGCGGCAUCCAAGAUGUACGGCAAGGAUAUGACCACUGUAGUCCACUGGAAGGAGAAGAUGGAGAAAGCCGGAUUUGUCAACGUCCGCGAGGACAUAUACAAAGUAAGGUCCCUUCCAUUUGCAGAGGCGUACGUAUUAAGAAUGUAUCAGGUGCCACAGAGUCCCUGGCCGAAAGACCCCAAACUCAAGGACGUCGGCCGAUACCACCAGGUCAACAUGUUCGAAGCACUUGGACCGUACUGCUACGCGUUGUUUACGCGUGUGUUGGGGUGGGAGCGCGUUGAGAUUGAGGCGCUGGUGGCGGGGAUGCGCAAUGAAUUGCGCGACUUGUCCAACCAUCUUUACUCCAAGGUGCAUAUUGUGUAUGGACAGAAGCCGGAGUCGGCUUCAGCAUCGACAUGA